AUGGUGACGCAAAUGCACCGUCUUGAUCCUGCGUUUGCUGAUGCUGACCCUGAUGCUUAUAUGCAAACGGUGCUGACACUGCUGCCCCAAGUCUUGAUGGAAGAGAUUAGCCUGCGAACUUUAGAGACUGUCGUUAUACUGGUAGGUUACCUCCACCACAAAUCACUUGAGUCUGUUCCUAAUGGUCAGUUCUCCUAUAUUCUCCCUAUCGGUCAGGCGAGAUCGGCGUCAUUAUUACUGGCCAUGGCUGUUCGGAUGUUGUAUAGUCUUGGAGGGAACCGGUAUUGUGUCAUCCACGAGGCAGAAGGAAGACAUCUGCGGGCUGUGUUCUGGCUCUGCUAUGGUCUUGAUAAAGACAUGGCAAUCCGCUUUGGUUACCCUCCCUUGAUGAAAGACGAGGAUUGCGACCUGCAACUGCCCGAAAACUACGUCCUAUCGUCUUCAGAUCAGCAAUUCUUCAUCAAACCUUUGUCAUCUCAAGAGCUUCUAUUUCCCUCGGACAUUCGUCUUUCCUUGAUCAAGUCGAAAGUGUAUCGUCUCCUGUAUUCUGACUAUGGCCGGGCACAGCCAGAAGCCAGGCGCCUUCAGUACAUCCGCGCACUAGAUCAGGAACUACAUGAUCUGAAGUCGAGCUUCCCUGAUAGCUGUUGGCCUGAUUUGUUUGCAACCGAAAACGCGCGCAAUUACUCGUUUCAUGAUCUGAGCUUACGAGGUGUCAACUUGCACCUGGAGUACUACUUUUGCCUGGGCAAAAUCCACAGCGCAGUGAGUGCUUGCAGCCAGCCUUCUCCCCAGGAGUGGUCCUUCCUACCCUCCAGUGCAGAGCUCUUCUACCAGGAAUCACGAUCCAUGCUGCUUUAUAUAUACGGCAUACGCGAUUUUCUUAACUGGCAUACUUUUUGGUAG